AACAACAAAACGCAGUCAGAUUUGAAGAAGACCCAUCGAUCUACAUGUCGCCGCCAUCGAUAGCGAUAUACUUGAAUUGCUCACCUUCGUAUACCUCACAAUCGCAUUGUUACCUUUAAGACCUAAGUUGACUCGAACCCGGACUCGAUUUCGAUUGAACGCAAGCAAUUACUUAGGCGUCGCGGCUCCUUUGAGUCGGCGCGCUACUAAGCCGCCAUCAUGUUGCGACCAGCUACACCCUUGACGGUGUUGCUCUUUGCAGCCUUCGCUAUGCUGCUACUCGCCGUCCUAUCGACCCCUAUUAUCAAAGCGAUUCCUCUCGGUACUUACAAAGGCGUCAACUUUGGUGUAUUUGGGUAUUGUGAAGCGGACGGUCGGUGUAGCCCAAUAGAGAUUGGAUAUGAUACAUCGUCAAUUUAUUCUCCAACGGACUCAGCUACCUUCGAUUUACCUUCUACAACGCGGACAACUCUUUCCGCUAUCCUCGUGGUUCAUCCCGUUGCCUGUCUCCUUACCUUGGUGAUGCUGGUACUUGCCAUUGUCGCCCACCUUCAUGCUCCUUCUCAUUCGUCACGUUACUUAUUACUACUUUUUAUCUUCGGCAUCAUUACGUUUCUAGUAUGCCUCCUUGCCUUUUUAAUCGACGUGUUACUUUUCGUUCCUCAUAUGGCCUGGGGCUCUUAUAUCGUUCUAGCUGCUACGGUUCUUGUAUUCAUGAGUUUUAUUAUUUCGUGCGCUAUGCGACGCACUCUAGUCAAUAGAAAGGCAAGAAAGAGGCGGAUCGCAGAGAACGCCGAGAUGAGUGGAGAGAAUUACUAUAACCGCCAAGCUCAACAAGAGGUGGUAUCUCCCACCCCUGUUUCACGACAGCCUACGGUUCCCGUUGUUAGUGGAGCGAACGGGCCAAGUGAUGGAUUUGCCUCAUUCGAGAAGAAGGAUGAUCGCAGCAGUGACGAACGUAUACCUCUAACCGCUAGGACUCCUUCUGACAGGUCCCCGAAUCAUGCUCCUGCUGAUACGAGCAUGUCGGGCUCCACAUAUAAUAUGCCCCAACGGACAGGCUCUAGCAACUCAAUGCCAAGAGACCAAUACGGUAAUCCGAUUGAGCAGCCCCAGGAUGCCUACAAAAUGCGACGAGGUCCGUCUUUCGAGCGUAUGAAUGCGAGGGGCCGUGGUGGUCCUCCAGCUGGUUAUAGAGGGCGAGGAGGCUAUGGAAGAGGGGGCUACGGUGCUCCCUAUGGCCCACCGGGCGGAAGGGGUGGAUACGGCCCACCGCCGAACGGAAGAGGCGGUUAUGGUCCCGGCCGCGGUGGUUACGGGCCGCCACCCAAUGGGCGAGGAGGCUACGGUCCCCGUAGAGGCUAUGGCCCGGGUGAGAUGAGAGGUGGGAGAACACCGCCGCCGACUUACCCCGGGGGUGGACCAUAUGAUCGAAGACCAUCUCCGGCUGCCGCCUAUGGUGAUUAUGGCCCGGGGCGGCAAGGGUCACCGGCGGCACCAAUCAACCCUUACGAAGCUGAGCCGCCCGUGCCGAGUAUCCCAGUUGGUAUGGCUGAAGGAGCUAAUUACCAAGCAUACAACCCGGAUCGUGCUAGUGACCUGCCCCGAGCAGAGUCCCCUCCUCCUAUGCCUGGUAUUGAUGAUGCGCAUGAAAGGCCAGUAGGCCAAGCCGUGGAGAUGGAUGCUUCAACGGGAAGCCCCGCUCAUCCACCUCAAGGCUUUGGCCAGUUCAACAACCAACUUAGGGAUAGCGAUGCGGACGUAGCCGGCAUGUUAGCCCUGCAGCAAGCAAGGACAUCCUCCCCACACCGUCCCGACACUUUUAUGAGCGAAGGAAGCAGAUAUAGCCAAGAAGGCCAAUACGUUCCUCCUCGUCAGGGGUGGCGGGGACCCGAGCGGCCCUCCCAGGUACCUGCUCCUCUUCAAGUUCCAACCCGCCCUCAAGAACUUAGCAGCGAGACGCCUCCUCCGCUACCACAGCCUCAACCAGCAACCGCCGGCACGGGCAAUUAUUAUGAAGACGUAGAUCCUCGUUUCGAAGAGCCGGCUUCUAAACCGCAACAACUGCAACAACCGCCGCUGCCACCACAAGAUGGGCUAAAUUAUGACGACGUACCGGCUCAACCUAUGAGUCCAGCGAUAUCCGAACAGUCGGGAUUUACUUCUAUUUCUCAAAGAGGCAUAAAUCCUCGUUGGAACCCGCCUCCCGGUCAAGGAUAUAACCAGCAAGUGCCACCACGAAAGCCCAUUGGUCGAAAUGAAGUGAAUGUUCUUAAUAGUAACCCUGACUUCCAGCUGCCAAUGGCACGCGGGGGGGCACGCGGGGGACCAAGCGGGAGAGGAGGUAUGAUCCCUGGAAGCGCGUAUCCAGGUUUAUAAGAAAUCGCUUUCAAUUCUUUCUUGUUCGUUGAGUCAUGGAGCUACUCAGGUGGCUUUAAAACGCACUCCAGUGCGUAGGGAAUCCCUUGCGGAUUCUUAAUCAAACCACAUGCUAUUCAAGCACUCACAAUCCGACUUUACAGUCGAUGUCUUCUUUUCCUAUCCUCUAUCCUGAUAUACCCACACGCACAGGAAACUUUCUAUUCGACAUGAGACUUAUUCAAUUCACAUUUUAACUAUCGUCGGCGUCAUAAACGCGGAUGUUCUUGAACAACAUAUUACGAAUGAUAGGCGGAAACCAUCCGUCAUCAUUCGCGGACCUCUAAUUUAGUCGCGUAUCUU